CUCUCUCUCUCUCUCUUCCAUUCGAUUAAUGUUGCACUGAGAAAGUUUAUCCAUAUACAUACAUACAUACAUACAUACAUACAUAUAUAUAUGCAUAUGUAUAUGCCAUUGUGGAAUAAUUGAAGUUAAGUAGUUCUUCAAAGAUGACCGCUGGCGGCGCGCGGUUGCCAGAUCGUCGGACCUCGAAGAAAAUCAUCUGCGACGCCGCCGCCGAUGCCGCCGCAGCGGCUACAGCUGCCACUUUUGUGUGCCCAUUGGAUGUGAUUAAAACCAGAUUACAAGUCCAUGGCCUUCCUGAAGCUCACCAUUCUGGUCCAAAAGGUAUGUGUUACAAGUCCAUGGAAGGUAGUAUCAUUAUUACAAGCCUACAGAAUAUAAUACGAACUGAGGGUUUGAAGGGACUCUACCGUGGCCUUUCACCAACAUUGGUGGCACUACUUCCAAACUGGGCAACAGUACUCAUUGCUUGCUUAUGUGCAGUCACUAUGGUUACACUACUGAGGAGUUUUUAGUUCCAACGAAGGAAUCAGCCUGUGGUUUUCUUGUGUCCGAAUCUCCAGAAAUCCCCUCUUUCUUUCUUUUGUUAAUUCUUUUAUAAGUUGAAUGCUUCUGUAGUGAAAAAACUUGCUUUGGUUCCCAUUUUAGUUAUGUCUUUGCAAAAUAUGUAACUUUUAGAAUUUAAUCAUUGUUCCAGAGAACUAGGAUAAAGACUCCAGGACAGCCAACCCAUUUUGAAAAAUUUAUGAUGGAACCAAAUAUUUUUUGCCCAUGGAGCGGGCUCAUUUACCAAUGUUCUAAGGCAAUUUUUGUUGUUACUACUGCAUGUGGGUCUUAUGAAUGUUCCAAUCUUAUCCUUUGCUUCUUCUUUAUUUAUCUAGUAAUCUGUUCUCCCUGGGAAUUC